AUGAGCACAUCAGAUUCUACACUCGAUCUUAUCUACAGAGACAAAUACGAUGAUGCUUCUUUCAUGUGCACCUUUUACAUAAUCUUAGGGUUCACCUCGGCUGCAUGCAACAUCGUCAAUCUCAUCGUAAUAUUUUCAAGCAGAUUGCUCAGGAAGAAAUUUGUAUAUCUCGCUGCUGUGAAUGUUGGAGAACUAAUCGGUGCUAUCAGUUACAUUCUUGUUGGAUUCGGACGUAGAGGAGAACUUAUGCGAGGCACUUUAUUCACAAGCGCUACUGUGACCGAGUGUUUCACGGAGAAAUUUUGGCCACACGCAAUGAUAAUCGGUAGGGAACUACCUGCAUACACAAUGAUUUUAACUUCAUACGAACGAUUUUUGGCUGUACUUCGACCCAUGAAGUACAGAAUGUUCUUCCAUCAAAAACAGAAGCUUUUGCUACUGCUCCUUGUUCCCCUAAUGGGAUCGAUUUCCAUUCUGGUUGCAUAUCUUUCGGUGUACUACGAAGGAGAACGAACUGUCAGUUCACGCUAUUGCUUCAUCAUUGAUAGUACAGCACAUUGGUACUCCACCUUCCAUUUUGUCAUCGUUGUGGUUGCUUAUUUCGCAUCGUUCAUGUCGUUUGUUGCAGCGUGGAAGAUCAGCAGGAGGCUCGCCAAUGCUGAUGUAGUGGGGAAGAACCAUGAUUUAGGACUUUGGAUGGCGAUAUCAGCAUCAUCCACGCUUCUAAUGCUUCAGCCAUCCAUCGUAAUGAUAUUUAAGUUGUGGACUUCCAUUGAGUUUAGCGAUGUCAUUAUCGCUAUAACUUAUGCAGCACCCGGUUUCCUUUCUAUCGCGAAUACUCUUAUGAACUUCAUAUUUCACGAUCAGUUCCGGAAGCACUUUAUUUCCUGCGUCAGAUCACAUUUGUCGGAAGUUGGUAUCGUAACUAUCGUUCCGCGACAUGAUUCACAUAAAAUAUUACAUAGUGUUCGUACUAUUACUGAAGAGAAUCAACGUUAA